AUUUUAACAUUUUAAAAUAAAAUUAUUUCAUCAUUUCAGUUGGGUUUUUACUUUUUUAAUUGUUAGUUUACCAAUUUUAUUUGUUGAAAUGUAAAAUAUGUUGACAAAUUUUAUUUCACAUUAGAUUAAAAAAAAAAAUAGUAUAUCUAUAUAAUCCACUAACAAAAAAUUGGAAAUUUAUAAUAUAUAAAAUUAUUAGAACAUAAACACACACAUACAAAUUUUUUUUAUUGAAGCUGUUGGGUAAGUAUAUAAAGAAGCAUGUCAGAUAAAGGAGACUCCGUCGUAUCUACAAUUAUACCGCAGUCUAUAAUUGUCGACGCAUCGCAACAAUUAAUUCCACAUCCUGAUGUUCAUCAACAACAAUAUCAACAACAUAAUAUUCAUCAAUUGCCACCAACAAACAAUUGGGAUUACUAUAAUAAUUUAGCUUGCAACAAAAAUGGCUAUCAACAAUAUUCCGACUAUUAUAAUAAUUCUUAUAUGCAUUUUGGUAAUAAUGUCAAUAAUACAAUGCAACAAAAUCAAAAUCAAAAGUCCUCAAACUUCAAUGAUGGUCAAUCUGAUCAAGGAAAGACGACUCUGGUUAAUAAUACAAUUUCUCCAUUUAGAUAUUCUGAUGUCGUCGACACCGCCACCGCCUCUGCCUUGCCAAAUCAAAAUCAAAAGAAUCAACAACAUUAUCCAAAUAAAAAUCCACUUUUAUUGAAUUCAACUCCUGCUAGGAAUCAUUUGAAUAGGUUUUCUUCUUCCAAUGAACAACAACAACAAAACAAGUUUUCCUCCGACUUAAAUCAUUCCCAAGAAAUUAAUAAUUUUGGCGGCAUUCGUUUCAACUUAAAUCAACGCAAUCGACUUAGUAACGUGAAUAAUCCUCUUAAUCUACUACGAAAUAAUCCGAUUGGUGGAAAGAAAAAAAGAAAACGCAACAAAAAUAAUAAAUUUCAGGCUCAACAGCAACUCCAACAACAACAACAACAACAUCAGCAAAACCUACAAAACCGAACAGUUGUUCCCGACAUGACGACGACAGUCGAACGCAAUAAUAGCGCAUUCUUUGAUCCAACUGUUCCUCCUCCCCCUGUUAUAUCUGCAUCUCCAGAUUUAUCUAAACCCCCUCCACCGUUGGUACCUGCUGCUGUCACUGUCAUCCCUGCCGCAGUCUCAUCUCCACCAAUUCCCAUGGUAACCGAUCAUGACAGUAGUCUCAAUGUUACACCAGUUGAAUGUAGUAGUAACAACUUUUCAAAUCCAUUCAAUCCAGCCGAUGCUUGGCCGGAAAGUCUAAAUACUUACGUUCAACGUUGUUAUGCCAAAUGUGUAACCGAUCUGGACAAAGAUCAAAUUGAUAUUUGUUUGAAGGGAAAAAUCACAGCGGCAGCCACAAGAAAUGAGCUAUGGACAAGGGAUUGGAAUUCUGAACCGAUUCCCAGUGUCCAUAGCGAAAGUAAUCUACUUAUUCAAAAUAAUUUAGCUAUGAAUAAUAAUAAUCGAUCAGAUCGACAACAACAAAAAACACGUCCUGGAAUAUCGAAAUGCUUGAAUGCACGUUUAGGUCAACGUUCAGUUUUUAAUCAUCGUUCGGUAGAUAGUCGUUCUAGAUCGAGAUCACCACGAGAUAAAGAAAAACGUGAUUCAUCGCUAAGUCCACCACCACAUAAAAAGAGUUCGCGAAGUUCCAGUUCCGAAUCAUCUGAAAAGAAGUCUUUAAAUUAUAUUUCAUUCAGCAGCAAAACCAAAAAUAAUAAAAAUCCUAGAAAGAAACACCAACAAGUACAGAAAAAUAAUAAAGUACCUUUUCAAUCGGUGGUUGGAGGUUCGAUAGAAGAUGAUUCGCGACGUCUUCAAGAACGGGCAGCUCGAUUUGGACAAGCUAAUUUUUUGUCAACUUCUUCGUCUUCUUCGUCGUCGAAUAAAAAACAAACAAAACAACACCAUAAAUCACAAAUUUACGAUGAAUAUGAAGUUGAUACUAGCCUUGAUGAAUUUCAUAUAGUUGGCACAAGUAGGGACUUGGAAAAGUCAUUUUUAAGAUUAACAAAAGCCCCAAUGCCCAAUGAAGUGCGGCCAAUUGAUGUAUUAGAAAGUUCCUUGCGUAAUGUCAAAACUAAAUGGCGAACAAAGCAGGAUUAUUAUUAUGCCUGCGAUCAAUUGAAAUCAAUUCGACAGGAUUUGACGGUCCAAGGAAUUCGUGAUAAAUUCACAGUUGAAGUCUAUGAGACACAUGCUCGAAUUGCAAUGGAAAAAGGUGAUCAUGAGGAAUUCAAUCAAUGUCAGACACAAUUAAAAAUGCUAUAUACAGAGGUUGGAGGAAGCAACAAUAUAUUGGAAUUCAUCUCUUAUCGAAUCUUGUAUUAUAUUUUUACAAAAAAUACCUUAGAUAUUACAACGGUUUUGCGUUCCUUAACGCCGGAACAAAGAACUCACCCAGCCAUAGCACAUGCUCUAGAAUUAAGAUCGGCAUGGGCACUUGGAAAUUAUUGUGCAUUUUUUAAUCUCUACAAAAAUGCACCGCUCAUGUCUGGCUACUUGAUUGAUUGGUUCAUCUUAAGAGAGCGAAAAUGUGCUUUAAAAGUUAUGAUUAAAUCUUAUAGACCGUCGAUAAGCAUAGACAUGAUAAGUCGUGUUUUGGCUUUUGUUUCGUUAGAGAAAUGUCGUGAGUUUCUCGAAUCUGUUGGUGCUAUAUUAGAUGGAGCACCGGGUAGCGAACAAUUGAAUUGUAAAAAUAGCAUGAGCGUUUUACAAAAUUUAUAAAGAAUAAUAAUAAUAAAAAUUUUAAUGAUCCAUUUAGUAUA